ACGAACCAAACAAGGCCUGACGGGGCACAAAGUCGUGGCUCCGGCCACAAAUAUGCAAUCUCUUUGAGGACAUACAAGCUAGGCUAUGCAAACAAUCACCCCUCUCGCUUGGUACUUCCCUUUCUUUCCUACGUACCAAAGUGCGCGCAUGGAAUUUAGGAAUUAUUGGAUAAUCGAAAUACGGAGUACUACAUGGAAUGGAAGACUCUUUUGUUUUGGGUGGAAGGAGAGAUGGAGUGCCACAUACGUGGACGCAUUCAUCGCUGACACGCCGCCAGUCCGCACACCGUCCUUGAUUUCCUUUCCCCACUCCCACUCCAGUUCUUCUCCCUCUCUCGCAUAAACAAUUCGUUCCGCGGAAGUUACAGAGUUCCUAUAUAAAUCCCGCUCGAUUGAUCCAUUCGUGUCCGAUUCCUUCCCCAGAUUCAACGGAAUCUAUCUCUACUACCUAGCCGCCGGAGCCGGCGGGAUACAGCCAUCCAUCCAUCCAUGGGGAGCCAGGCGGCGGCGGCGGAGGAGGAGCAGAGCAGGGGCUCGACGGCGGCGCGGGCGAACAUGGGCGACCUCCCGGAAUCCUGCGUGGCGCACGUGCUGGCGCUGACCUCCCCGCGCGACGCGUGCCGCUGCGCCGCCGUGUCCCCGACCUUCCGCGACGCCGCCGGGUCCGACGCCGUCUGGGCGCGCUUCCUCCCGCCCGACUACCGCGCCCUCCUCCCGCCGCCGGCCAGGUCGUCCAAGAAGGAGGCCUACCUCGGGCUCGCCGACAGCGCCGCGGUCCUCAUGGAGGACGGCGGCGGCGGCGGCAUGGCGGUGUGGCUGGCGAAAGGGAGCGGCGGCAAGUGCGUGGCGCUGUCGGCCAGGAGGCUCUGCUUGCCCUGGGACGACGGCGAGCUCUGCUGGCGAUGGACGCCCCACCCCCUCUCCAGCUCGUGGAGGAAAGCGUGUUUGGUUGGGCUGACGCCCCCAGCUCGCAGCGCAGCCGCGAUGCAGCAGCCGGCAUGCAAUCCUCUCGCUGGAGCCGAUUGUUUGGUAGCCUUGCAGCAGUUGGCGGUGGAGGAGGAGAAACGGCGGUGGAGGAGAAAACGAGGAGAAACGGCAGCGGCGGAGGAGAAACGGCCACGGAAUCUCGGGGGACCAGCACAGGAGGACCCGCAGGGGAUGGCCGGCGUCCAGAUCUCGGAGGAGGACUGGCUGAGGAAGAUCGGCGUGAUCUCGGAGGAAGAAAGGCGGGGGAUCUCGAGGAGGAACCGCUCCUCAUGCGAACUGCGGCGGAGGAAAAUGGCUAGGCGGCGGAGCGGCGCGAGUCGGGAAGAAACGAAAGAUGAAAGAGACGAGAAAGCGCCGCUGCACCAGAAAAACGCCCGAUUCGAGCAUAUCUGGCAUGCAGGCUCCAGCCCGAUUUUUCCAGCCGCGAUGCAGCGUGCGGGUGCAGGCCAAGGCCCGUGCAGGGAACCAAACCGGUCCGUUUUUGCAGCUCGGCUGCGGGCCAAGGCCCAUGCGGGAGACCAAACACGCCCUAAGCGUGUCCUUUGUCAUAGGCCGGCUAUCCAUGAGUUAAGAGCCACUAGUUGAGUGCCCGUGCGUUGCUACGGAUUGACAAAUUCAUGUGCGAGUUUUGACUCUUAUCUUACCGCACCCAAAUAUAUAAUGCAAUGAUCCAAAAGGACACUGAAUUUAAUUACCUCAAAUAAUCAAUCUGUAAGCUACAAAAUUCUGUCAUGCAUAAUUCUUUUGG